AUGGCUUUUGGUCGUAACCCCCGAGAGAUGAUGCUGAUGAAUCCCUCCCUCUUCAGCUUCAGCUAUCCCCAUGGCGAACCGCAGACCCCGACGAGGACUCCAAUGACGUCCGCCUUUGACUCCUUCACCACCCCGAAACUCGAGUCCAGCUUCUUCGAUCCCCGAGUCACCUGGGAUACCGCCGACCCGUACGCCUCGAGCCCAGAGUUCCUCCGCUCACCGCACAAAUUCGGCAUUUCUACCCCAAAUGUUGCCACGGCGGAGGUUCCACCGGAGACGAGGGACAGGAGGGACUCGGCCAACACGGAUACCGUCAGGAGGAUUCGCUCGACCAAGCAGCCUGUCCCCAGUGAGGAGGGUCCGAGAACGGUGGACUCGAACAAACCGGCCACGUCAAUUCAAACUCCUCCACCGAGCAGUGCCUCUCGACGAAAGAUCCCUGAAUUUGAACCAGCGGAAAGCGCCGGCAAGGGAACUACGCCGCGGAUGAACAAUCACUUGGAGACCCCGAGUCGGCUGCUGGGCAUGUCACCUCGCCUGUUCGGCAAUCUACAGGCUUCGCCCGAUCUCUUUCAAUUGGCCUCCAUGGAAGCUUCCAGGUCGCCGUUUCUUCCGCAGCAGCGCCUCUUCUGGGAUGCCGAACCUGUGCCGCCGGUGCAUGGGCUGCCCACGAGCGAGCCAGCGAGGAGCAACAACCGCCCCGAGCGAGAAACGGCUCGGCCCUCCACGCAAGCAGUCAUUCCGCAGCUGCCUGCCAUUGAUGGCUAUAUGGAUCUCCCUGACUUUACGAGCAGUGGAAUGGGCCUCUUGUCCGCCCCGGCCACAGACGCGGCUGUUUUUCCUGCCCCUUUUUCCACCUCCCCACGCAUUCCUGUCACCAAAGCUGAGGACCCGGCCAUGUUUCUCAGCUCGCCCGCGCGGCGAUUCGGGGGGCCCGGCAUGACACCUGACCGGCGGCCGGCUGCCAGACAGCCAUACCAUCAUCAAGUCGAAGAAUCCAAGCGAGAGGAGCUCCGUCGCGUGCUGAGCUCGGGCGGCCACCGACCUGGCUCCUGGUCCAGCUUCUCCGACGAGGAUGAAGAUGAUGACUAUACCCCACGUGGCCGACCAGGAUUGACACGGAGUGUCACCCACUCGGCCAUUGCCCUCUCCACCCACCGUCCACCGAGUCGAUCGAGUGGAAUGAUGGCCUCGACCAGUGGCAUUCGGAAGAGCCCCACCAAGGGCCGCAUCUCCCCCGUGAAGACGAUGAGGCCUGUACCCCUGGGCCGCUCAUGUUCCAUGGCCGCCCGCAUGCCCACUCGGUCACAAUCAGUGGUGUUGAAGAUUGGUAAGGAUGGUCGUGCCAAGGCCGAGAUGCAACUGGUCGAUGAGGGUCCCACAGGAUUGACGGAUCCUUUGACCGGCAUGGACCUCGAGGAAUCCCUCGUUGAGAGUGAGCUCGACUCGGCGGAGUACUCCGACUAUCCCGUUCUCAGUCGACCUCAGUCCUUUUCGUUUAGUCUGCUGGAUGGCGGUCGAUCCGUCAUGUCGCAAAGUGACUCGAGCUCUCGCCCCCCAUCCAAAGGGUCCUACUCGUCUACCGUGGGCUCCUCUCAGUCCGGGCGGGCCUCUCCCUGGGCUGGUUCCUCUCGAGCGGUCUCGAGCCGGUCCACCUACCGGGGCUCACCUGAGGCGGUCAAACGCACGCCGAGCAAGCGACACUCCUCGCUGUUUUUCUCAGACGCCUCCUACACACGCGGGAGUGUUGCAUCACAGGCGCUUCCAGGGGAGGAGGAAGAGGCAGAGGACGAUGAGGAUGACGGCGAUGCGACGCAUGCACUUCGGCAGGUCCUCAAGGAGCGUGCACGCGCGCCUCGGCCAUCCAUGAGUGCUGGCUUUGGGGCGCGCCUCCCCCGCGCGAAUACUUUUACCCAUCUCCGUUCCUCUCCGCCUCGUUUGCACAGUGACUUUGACAUUCACCACUCUCACCACUCUCACAACUCCCCCAACACUAUCUCCGAUCCCGACGUGGGUACCCCUCACAUUGACCGCCACUGCCACAGCAACCCGAGCAAUGGCACACGAUGUGUCUGCAACUCGAUGGAUAAUGGCGGUCAUCUGAUGAUUCAAUGGUGA